AUGCGUUUCUUUGCUAUACUUCCUGCUCUCCUCUCCCUGGCUGCGGCUGUACCCCCUCACAACAUCGUUCCCCCUCACAAAACCAUCGCCCGCCACCCCAUCGCGGAUGUCAAAGCCAGCGCUGCCCGCGCUUUGGUUCAACUUGAGGCCUCUGGUUGCGACUGGCUCGCUGCCGCUGCCGAGGAUGCUAUUAACCCUAUUGCCGAUGCAGCAUGCUUGGCAUCUGUUGGGACAAACUUGAGCACCGUUUUGCGUGGAUCCAGCCCCAACGCCAGUGAGUAA